AGCUAGUCCUCAAGAUAGCUUCUCUGUAGCCUAUCACUUGUGAUCCUAAUCUACCCAAACGACGCCGUCGGCGAAACGCCAGCAUCGUAUACUCGGAAAAUCGUCGUUGUCACACGAAGAACACCCGAAUCAAACAAACCAUCAAACAUCAUCAUCAUCGUAUUUCCCAAUUCCUUGUCGAUUGUUUGGUUUCUACAGAGUAGAGAUAGAAAUACUGCGAUGGUGUCGCCUAAGUGGCACCCAACGGAGGAUUCCGAACGUCCACCGACGGCGAUCAUGCACCAGCCAGCCUCCCCUCGCUUUCCUUUCGGGACGCCCAUCUCCGGGGCGCAACGGAAGAUCGCCAUCCCCGUCGAUCUCAGCGACGAGAGCGCCUACGCCGUGAAGUGGGCGGUCCAGAAUUACCUCCGACCCGGCGACGCCGUGAUCCUGCUCCACGUCCGCCCCACCUCCGUCCUCUAUGGCGCCGAUUGGGGCGCCAUCGACCUCUCCCUCGUGUCGGAGGCCGCUUCCGCCGCCAGCGACGAGGAGUCGCAGCAGAAGCUGGAGGACGAUUUCGACAAUUUCACCACCUCCAAGGCCAACGACGUGGCGCAGCCGCUGGUGGAGGGGAAUAUUCCGUUCAAGAUCCAUAUUGUGAAGGACCACGACAUGAAGGAGAGGCUGUGCUUGGAGGUUGAGCGCCUUGGGCUCAGCGCCGUCAUAAUGGGGAGCAGAGGCUUCGGCGCUUCCCGCCGGAGCGCCAAAGGCCGGCUUGGAACCGUCAGUGAUUACUGUGUGCAACACUGUGUUUGCCCUGUUGUUGUGGUCAGAUAUCCCGAAGAGAAAGAUGGCGGUGAGGGCCCCACAAAAUCCGCCGUCGAUAGAAUUCCGGCGCUUCAUCCUGUGCCGGAGGAAGAACCAAUUUAUCACGAUGCAUCCGAUAAAGCUACAGAUAUGGAGAAUGCUUCUUGAGCAACAGAUGAUCAGAGAUCGAGACAAGAUGUUUAGAAGUGAUGAAAUGAAGGCAGUCGGGUGUGGAGCUGUGCAAAAACGUGAGAAACAGAUAUGGUAAAUCUUGAUCGAGUUUGUUUCCAGCCACCGGUUAAGUACAAACUAUAACCGGUAUGGUCUACUGAGUUUCUUUGCUUUGCUUUUGGUCUUUUUACUAUGCUGCAUGCAUUGCUUUUCAUGUACCAAAAGAUGCUUCCCAAAACCUCUUUUCAAGAUCAUCCUUCCACAUUCAUCAUUUACUGAACUUUCAACUGUUUUUUUUUUUUUUUUUUUAAAUGUUGUAAUGAAUCUCUGCUGCUGCUGCUUAUUAGUUUCUUGGUAGUUAUGGGUUGAUGUUCA